AUGAUCCAUAUUUCCCGAGCCAUAAAUAGAAGGUUAUUCAGUAUGGAAAGACUCAGGCUGACAAACCAACAAGAAGUUGAAGCAACUCUUGCAAGCUUAAAUAUUCCUUUUAAGACAAUUCAGCACCCAGAAGUUAAAACAGUCAAAGAGUGCUUAGAGCAUACUGGUGUUUUCGCAGGAAAGGUCUUAAAGAAUUUAUUCUUGAAAGACAAGAAGGGUAAAUUCUACUUAAUAUCUGCCGUCCACACAACUGAAACUUCCUUCAAAACUCUUGCUAAGAAACUUGGAAGCACUGGAGGAGUGGUUAGGGAAGCUCCUGAAGAAAAGCUCACAGAACUCCUUGCAGCAGUCCCUGGUGGAGUCUCUCCAUUCGCUCUCGCAAAUGACCAUGAAAAGCAAGUAAAAUUCGUCCUCGACAAAGAAGUCCUGAACUUGCAGCAUAUCUUACUACACCCUAUGACAAACACUGCUACAACUGAAAUCCCAACAGAAGGCCUAAACACAUUUUUGCAUCACAUCGGGAGAGAUGAGGAUACUCUCAUAAUUGACUUUUCAGCAGUAGAAGAAGAAAAGAAAGAAGAAGCCAAAAAGGCAGCUGCCACUGAAGAAGAGAAAAAAGAUACAACUCUAGGGCUUUCGUGCACCCAAGAAGAAAACUACGCUCAAUGGUAUAGCGACGUCAUCACAAAAUCAGGGAUGAUUGAGUAUUAUGACAUCUCAGGCUGCUACAUAUUGAGACCAUGGUCAUAUGAAAUAUGGGAAAGAAUCCAGAACAAAUUCGACAAAGAAAUCAAAGAGCUUGGUGUUAAAAACACUUACUUCCCUAUGUUUGUAUCUGAAGCAGCUCUUAAUACAGAAAAAGAGCAUGUUAAAGGAUUUGCCCCUGAAGUGGCGUGGGUUACUAAAAACGGUGAAACUCCUCUCAGCGAGCCAAUUGCAAUCCGCCCGACAAGUGAAACAAUCAUGUAUCCAGCCUUCGCAAAAUGGAUUAGAAGCCACAGAGAUCUUCCACUAAAAGUAAAUCAAUGGUGCAACGUCGUAAGGUGGGAGUUUAAACACCCAACUCCUUUCUUAAGAACUCGUGAAUUCUUGUGGCAAGAAGGACACACAGCCCAUGCAACUUUAGAAGAGGCUGCAGUUGAAGUCAGACAAAUUCUUGACCUAUAUGCUUCAGUCUAUGAAGAUUUAUUAGCAGUUCCAGUCGUCAAAGGACAGAAAAGUGAGAUUGAAAAAUUCGCAGGAGGCUAUUACACAACCUCAAUUGAGACUAUGAUUCCUUUCAAUGGCAGAGGAAUCCAAGCUGCAACUUCUCAUUGCUUAGGGCAAAACUUCAGCAAAAUGUUUAACAUCUGGUUUGAAGAUGACUCUAAAGAGAAGAAAUUUGUUUGGCAGAACUCCUGGGGUCUAACCACAAGAACUAUUGGAGUUAUGGUGAUGGUUCAUAGUGAUAACAAAGGUCUUGUGCUUCCUCCAAGGGUUGCUCCAACACAAGCAGUUAUUGUCCCAAUAUUUGAAAAGAAUAAGGUUGAAGAGGUCUUGAACAAAAGCAGAGAAAUUUAUGAUGAAAUUAAAAGGACAGGAGUCAGAGUUGAGCUUGAUGAUAGACAAAACUAUAACCCUGGCUGGAAAUAUAACCAUUGGGAACUUAAAGGUGUCCCUAUCAGAGUCGAAAUUGGAAUGAAAGAUAUUGCAAAAUCUCAGGUCAGAAUUGUAAGAAGAGACACUGGGAAGUCAGAGUUUGUUAGCUGGGCUGAGUUGCAUACACUUCCGGCUUUACUUGAACAAAUACAAGCAGAUAUGUUGGCUAAGGCUAAACAAAAUUUGGACUCAAGGGUAAUUAAGGCUUCAAAUUGGGCUGACUUUUUGGUUGCCUUAAACGCUAAAUCACCUUGGCAGCAAGCAAAAUUCUUAUUCGUUUUUAAGGGAAUUAUUUUAUAUAAAGUACAUUUUUGAAUCUUAAAAAAUUGUCAAUAUUUAAAAUGAAAAUAUAUAUAAUAAAAAAAAACCUAUAUCUUAUAGCGUAAGAUGCUUUAAAUUUUAAUAGAAUUAAUGAAGAUUUUAUCAUAAUUAUAUAUCAAAUUAUUAUUUAGAAAAAAAAAAAUAUAAUAAAAUUUUUGCUCACUACCCAAGUAAACUUUUUUUAUCUCUAACAAAAGUCGGAUUAAGAACUUUGUCCUCACUCCUUGGUGCCAGAGAAAUGAAUGUGAAGAAACAGUAAAGCACAGAUCAGCAGAAGAAAGUAAGCAGACUGAAGGAGACCACUUAACUGGAUCAGCUAAAACAUUGUGCCAACCAUUUGAACAGGACCCCAUCCAAGAAGGAGAAGCAUGCUUCCAAUGUGGUGAGCCUGCGAAGCAUAGAGCUCUUUGGGGAAGAUCUUAUUAA